GGCGCAGAGUGUGCUGGAAGCUUAGAGCUGUUCUUCAGAGUGAGAGUCUCUCUCACUCUCCCCAGUCGUUAAGUCAGAGAGCAGAGGAGGAAGGAAAGGCAGAGAGACCAGGGGAGGUCUGACGACACCAUCCCAGCUUGCCCUGCACCUAUUUUAAAUGCACAGAUUGACACAUGCAUGCACACAGUCUGGCUUUGAAUCACUGGAGGAACAUCAAGAUUUAUAACCAAGCUGUCACUCUGCAAGACAUGUCUGCAACUUCUCCUGCCAGGACAAAAACUUAAAGGAGCUUUGGAAAUAUAGCAUGUGUAAGUGUCUGUGGUGAUAGAAGCAGUAGCUUUCAAUGCUGGAGGUCCAAUGUGAGGAUGGAUGACACAGGCUAACAAUGUUCCUAACCACUUUCUGAUCCAGCUUUAAAAGGGAACAUCCAGCCUAACAAGGAAGAAGCAGCAGCUAAAGAUACUAGAACCUAAUUCACCUGCCACCUUGACCCCAGGCUUUUAUGAUGCUGUGGUACAACUUUGGCCACCAUAUGCUCUCUCUGGCAGCAUUUCUGGUGAUUGUGAGCUGCGGAGGAGGGGAGCAACGGAGAGGGACGGAAACCAGCAGCACAGGUGGCAGCAGCAGUAGUGGUAGCAGUAGCAGCAGCAGUAGUAGUGGAGGAAGUGGUAACAGUAACAGCAACAGACGCUAUCAUAAGAUCCAGCAUGGCCAGUGCACCUACACGUUCAUCCUACCUGAGGGAGAGGGAGCCAGAGGAGGCUCCUGCAGGGAAGCGAAAGCUGGUGGCCCGCAGCACAACGCCAACUCUCUCCAGAGAGAUGCUCCGCCACCUGAGCCUGAGUUUCCCAGCCAGAAGAUCCAGCAGCUCGAGCACAUUAUGGAGAAUUAUACCCAGUGGCUACAGAAGAUUGAGAACUACAUCAAAGAGAGCAUGAGGACAGAGAUGGCUCAACUGCAGCAGAACGCUGUCCACAACCACACAGCAGCCAUGUUGGAAAUGGGCACCAACCUUCUUUCUCAGACGGCUGAACAGACGCGCAAGCUAACUGAUGUUGAGACACAGGUUCUGAACCAGACAUCCAGGCUUGAGAUCCAGCUGCUGGAAAAUUCACUUUCCACUAACAAGUUGGAGAAAGACUUAAUGGUCCAGACCAAUGAGAUCAGCAAGCUGCAUGAAAAGAACAGCCUCAUGGAGCAGAAGAUGUUAGAAAUGGAGAUGCGACACCGUGAAGAGCUGGAGACACUGAAGCAGGAGAAGGGCAGUCUCCAGGUCCUGGUGGGGAGGCAGAGCAGUGUUAUCGGGGAGCUAGAAGCCCAGCUGAGCCGGGCCACAGGAAACAGCACAGCCCUGCAGAGACAGCAGCGGGAGAUGAUGGAUACCGUCCACAACCUGCUCAACCUCUGCUCCCAAGAUGGAGUUGUGCCUAAUAGCACAAAGGUCGCAGAUGAAGAGAAGAAAUUCCGCGACUGUGCCGACCUCUACCAGGCUGGCUUUCAUAAAAAUGGAGUCUACACCAUCCAGAUCAACCCGCAGGAGACCAAAAAGGUGUAUUGCAACAUGGAAACAGCUGGUGGUGGAUGGACGGUCAUCCAGCGCAGAGAAGAUGGCAGUGUGGACUUCCAGAGAACGUGGAAGGAGUACAAGAUGGGUUUUGGCAGCUUGUCUGCAGAGCACUGGUUAGGGAACGAGUAUGUUUACCAUUUGACCAGCCAGAGGCAGAAUGCCCUCCGUGUAGAGCUGACAGAUUGGGACGCACACCAGGCCUUCUCACUAUAUGACCGCUUCCAAAUCGGCAGUGAGAAACAAAACUACAGGCUGUUCCUGAAAAGCCACAGUGGGACUGCAGGCAGACAGAGCAGUCUCGUAAUCCACGGAGCAGACUUCAGCACCAAGGACAUGGACAAUGACAACUGCAUGUGCAAGUGUGCCCUCAUGCUCACUGGUGGUUGGUGGUUUGAUGCCUGUGGCCCGUCCAACCUUAACGGCAUGUACUUUACCCAAGGACAACAUGUAGGGAAGUUAAACGGUAUCAAGUGGCACUACUUUAAGGGCCCCAGCUACUCGCUACGAGCCACGGUCAUGAUGAUCCGCCCUCUGGACUUCUCCUAGUCUUUUGAAGUUUAAACUUCAAAACGGCCAUGUAGCACAUUAGAGGGACCCUCCCUAUUUUAUCCUCUUGUCUCAUCUCAUUUCGCUAGACCUGGGAGUCAUCCAAUUAAUCUUUUUUUUUUUUUUUUUUUAUUCAACCUGGUCCUUCGGUUGGGGCUUCCCCAGAGUAACAGCUAUUGCUGUUCUGCUGUUGCCUCAUAACCUUUCCCCUCAAUGAACUGAAGAGCAGCCAUGAAGAGGAAGAAAGACAGAUUCACCUGAACUGAUUUCAGUUCACAAGCAGAUUCACAAACUUGACGUUAUUUAGGGACAAAUGCUUUCAGGUGGAUUAUGUUACUUUUUCAAACAUGAUGUCAAACCACAAUUAUUUCCAUUUUCCUGGGGACCUGCGUUGUAAUAAUAUGGAGGACUUGAACUAUUCUGAAUGGUAAGCAGCUAUCACAGAGCAGCACUGACUCCUUAAACUGCAGAACAGAACUUAUCUGGAACGCUCUAAGGAGACGAAUGAGAGAUUUUGCUUUUUUAUUAAAAUGUUGCUAACAACACAGCCCAUAAAUAUUAUGAAUGUAUUAUAUAUUGUGUUUUUUUUUUGUAUUUUUUGUUAUCCCAACUCUAUACGAUAUUGAACGUGAGAUGAAAUUGUUUUUUGUACUGUACAGUGUAUGCUGAAUUUCUAUCUGCAUUAUGUGUAAACAUACUCCGUUUUAAAGUAACCUUGAAAUUCAAGUAAUGAGAUGGUAAUAGUUACAAGGGUCACUUGCUGGCAGUUACACACUAGCUGUCUUGAGAGAGUGUGAUUAUUUUUAGAGUUCAUAUGUGAGGUUAUUAUUGGAUUAGAUUCUGGACUGAGAUCCUUUUGCCUUUUUGUUAUUGGCUGAAAAACGACUAAUACGUGCCAAGGUUUAGAUUGUGAGUGAUCACGUUGCUUUCUGCUGAAUAUGAAAAACAAGGACAUUAAUACAGAUGCGUAUAAUUAGUAAAAAUUAGUGAGAUAUAUAUAUAUAUAUAUAUAUAUAUAUAUAUAUAUAUAUAUAUCUCAAUUACAGCUGUGUGCACAUUGGGGAUUAGAAUAUAGUUUGCAUAUAAAACAAGUAAUGUGUAUUUUUUUUUUUUAAAUACACAGAUAUAUAUAGUAUAUUCCUGAGUGUCAUGAUGGAAGUACCACGUCAUGAUGCCUACAUAUUCACAAAAAUGUUAAUGCUUAUAUUAAGCUGGUGUCCCACAUGUACGAAGUUCACAAAGAAUGAGGUCAAAGUUCAUAUUACUGAAUAGUAUUUGUAUCUAUAAAGGACGUUGUAAGACUGUUCCUAAUCUCUUACCUUAUGACAAAUAGCAGAUCAUUAAGACAAGUUGCAUCCAAAAUGUUUUUCACAGACAUCAACAUGACGGCCUCAGAAUCCAGCCAGUUUCUGUUUCUCAUCAACGCAGCUUUGAAAAAAAAAAGGAGCUGGAGUUGGAAUAUGAAGAAUGAAAUUAAUGAUUCCACCAAGUGAACCGUGUGAACACAUAUUUCAUAACUUCCAGAUUUAUAACAACAGAAUCUACUGUGGAGUAUUUACUAAAGGUAAAGUACAUGUGGCGAGAAGACAACGUGUAUCUGGAUCUUGUAAAACUACAAUCGACAUGUUUAUUAACAUACUAAAAUUGUAUAAUUUAAUGUGUGUGUGUACGUAUAGAGCAGCUUUCCUGAGGAAAGCUAUUCUUUAGUUUGUUUUUCCUCUGCCAGAUCUACAAUGGUGUUUUGAAGUUGAGCAUAAAACAUAGAAGUUAAGAUAAUAACCCUGGAGAAAUGUGCCUUUGAUAACUCUGCUUUUACCUCAUUCAAUUCCAGAUUUGCAGAUUUAUUUAAACAUCUUUUGUAACAUGUGGUCAGUGUUGUGUUGCUAGAUUAAAUAAAAGAGAAUUUUUUUUCAA